CAACAAUCUGCCCCGAUUCCCCAUCAAACUCUUCGAGCAAUACUCCACCAGCUGCGACAACGGCGGAUACACAACAGCAUAUCUCAUUGCUGUCGGGCGAUGUCCAGCCUCUCCCGCUCUACAAGAUUGUUGUACCGGCCAAGCUCCUGGGGAACGCAUCACGAGCCGCCCUGGUCAGCCAAAAUGAGCAGCUGCGAGGCCUUCUUGAUGAAGCAUCAGCAGAGUUGGAGCGGGGCUAUGCGCAUAUGGUCUUGAUGAAUACCGAGCAUCAGCGUGUUCGUCAGCAACUCUAUGGCAAGAAGAAGGAGCGCCGUGCGUACAACACUGGGGCCCC